AUGUUUUCUUUGGUUUUACGCUCAUUAAAUAAAAGAUUAAUAAAUAAUUCUUUUGGUAGAUCAGGAGAUUCAAUUCAUCAUUACCAUAAUAUAUUAACAGAAAGUCAUGGAACAGUUGGAUUGAUUACAUUGAAUCGGCCAAGGCAAUUGAAUGCUUUAUCAAGUGAUUUAUUUAAUGAUGUUAAUGAUGCAUUGGAAAAGUAUGAUAGUGACCCGGGAAAUUAG